AUGGGUCCUCGAAGCCUCCUGACCACCGUACUGCUCCUGGCCCAGGUGAAGCCGCUGAAGGCCUCCCAGUUCUGCGGCCACCUUGACUACUGGAACCCAGACAACAGGUGCUGUGGCAGCUGCCUGCAGCGCUUCGGGCCGCCCCCCUGUCAGGACUUUGAGUUCGCGACAAACUGCGGGCUCGAUGAUUCCGGCAAUCACCUAACAUACCCCUUCAAAGAAUGCCCUGCUGGGUGGUGUAACCGGGAAGGUGCGGAGCUGUGCAGGCCCUGUGGUGGCCGUGCCCCGACCCCUAAGAAGCGCAGCACUGGAACCAAGAAGCGCUGUGCAAAGAGGCAGGUCCCUACCAAGAAGCCCUGCCCACGGCCAUAUACACCAUCUAUCAACCUUAGCGCCCAGGAACCCAGCUCACCAGUAACUUCCAGAUUGUCCUGGACUUCGGAGCACCAGCACACUCCUGCAGACAGUGUCUCUCCGCAGACCCUGCGGGGCUUUCCCCUGCAGGUGGUGGUGGUGGUGGUAGUGGUCUUACUGGUCACCAGCUCGCUGAUCUUCCUGCUUGCCGUACGCAGGUGCCGCUGCAAGAGGAAGGGCAGCCCUGUCCCCUCUCCAAGCUGGGCUUGUGAUGGUAGAGACUUGCUCUUCCCCUUGCACUCGGCAGCCCCAGUAUCCCUGAAAGCACCAAAGGUCCAGGCCAAGCUGGUCUCUCUGCAUCCCCUCCAGGGUACAGAGCUGCAGACCCUGGAGACACAGCCACUGUCUCUCCUCCUGGAUGAGCUGGAGGUGCUGGAGGAGUUGAUUGUGCUCCUGGACCCAGAGACUGGGCCAGGUGGGAGCAUGGCUUGCGGCACCACUCGGCACCUGGCUGCACGGUACGGGCUACCGGCUGCCUGGUCCACCUUUGCCUACUCACUGCGACCCAGUCGCUCACCACUGAGGGCCCUGCUAGAGAUGGUUGUGGCAAGGGAGCCCUCCGCCUGCCUGGGUCAGCUUGCUGCACACCUGGUCCAGAUUGGGAGGACAGAUGCUCUGCAAGUGUUAUCUAAGCUCAGCUGAUCUGGGGUGUACCAGCCUAGUCCUCAAUAA